GCUGCCAAAGCUUUCAAAAAAUUCGUUCCCCUAUUCGAUCGGGUUUUGGUUGAAAGACUCCAAGCCGAAGCAGUUACCAAAGGAGGUAUUAUGAUACCUGAGAAGUCUAAAGGCAAGGUUCUCGAGGCAACUGUUAUUGCCCACGGACCUGGCGUAAAAAAUGAGACUGGGGAAAAUGUCCCUUUGUGUGUUACUAUAGGUGAUAAAGUCUUCCUUCCUGAGUAUGGUGGAACCAAAGUUAUAAUUGAAGACAAGGACUACUUCCUUUUCCGCGAAACGGAUAUCCUUGCAAAAUUUGAAAACUAG